GCUAUAUUCAGCAUUCUACUCCAUUUAUUGUUUUUUCUUGAAAUCAAACUUAUAAUGUCUCUUCACGUUUCAGCCGUUCCUUCUUCAGUAAAAAACAAUGCUAAGGAAGAAACUAAACGUCGCUCGGCUGAUUAUCAUCCUAGCAUCUGGGGGCAUCAUUUCCUCUCAUAUGCUACUGAUUCCAUGGAAAGUGACGAUGAUAACGCAAAACUACUGAAGCUGAAGGAGGAAAUUAAAAGCAUGCUAAUGGAUGACGCAAACAAGUCUCUGCAAAAACUUGACUUGGUUAAUGUAAUCCAACGCUUAGGGGUCUCUUAUCAUUUUGAAAGUGAGGUUAAUGAAAUCUUAGAAGACGUCUAUAAGGCUCACAAUGAAAGUGAUUCGGGAGAUGACACUGAUGACUUGUAUUCAAUCUCUCUUAAAUUCCGCUUGCUUAGACAACAUGGUUAUAAAAUCUCAUGCGAUGUGUUCAACGAAUUCAAGGACAAUAAUGGGAGCUUCAAGGCAUCUCUUGCAGAAGAUGUUCGAGGAAUGAUAAACUUGUACGAAGCCUCAAAUCUCAGGGUUCAUGGAGAAAAUAUACUAGAUGAAGCUCUUACUUUCACUACCAAUCACCUUGAGUCGCGGGUAGCAACUCAACCCAGCUCUCCACUUGCAGGGCAAGUUAAGCAUGCCUUAACUCGACCUCUUCGCAAGAGUUUACCAAGGCUGGAGGCAAGAUAUUACAUGAGUAUCUAUCACGAAGAAGCUUCGCACAUUGAAGUUAUAUUAACUUUUGCAAAGUUAGAUUUCAACAUAUUACAGAAGUUGCAUCAGAAGGAACUCAGUGCUAUUACAAAGUGGUGGAAGGAUUUAAACUUCGCCCAGGAGCUACCUUUUGCAAGAGACAGAAUUGUUGAGUGUUACUUCUGGAUAUUGGGAGUGUAUUUUGAGCCGGAAUAUUUAAUGGGUAGAAGAUUUUUAACCAAAGUGAUCUCCAUAACUUCCAUUAUAGACGAUAUCUAUGAUGUGUAUGGUACAAUUGAUGAACUUGAGCUGUUGACCUCAGCAGUUGAGAGGUGGAAUAUCAGUGCCAUAGAUCAACUGCCUGACUACAUGAAACUAUGUUAUAAGGCUCUUCUUGAUAUUUACAGUGAAAUUGAACAAGAAAUGGCGGAUCAAGGAAAAUUAUACCGCCUUGAUUUUGCAAAAGAAGCAAUGAAGAGUAUAGUUAGAAAUUAUCAUACUGAAGCCAAAUGGUGUCAUGAAAAAUAUUUUCCAACACUGGAUGAGUACAUGAGUGUAGCAUUGGUUACCAGUGCGUACCAAUUGUUAACCACAACAUCUUUUGUAGGAAUGGGAGAUGUUGCAACCAAAGAAGCCUUUGAAUGGUUAUUCAGCUACCCUAAGGUUUUGAAGGCUGCCUCAAUAAUUUGCAGACUCAUGGAUGACAUAGUGGGUCACAAGCAUGAGCAAAAGAGAGGACAUGUUGUCUCAGCAAUUGAAUGUCACAUGAAGGACCAUGGUGUUUCGGAAGAAGAGACACUUAAAGUGUUUCGUGAGCAAAUUGCAAAUGCAUGGAAAGAUAUAAAUGAAGCUUUCCUUAAACCAACUGCUUUUCCACUGCCUCUGCUUGAACGGAUUCUUAAUUUUACACGUGUAAUAGACCUUCUCUAGAAAGAUGAUGACUGCUACACCAAUUCUUAUUUGACAAAAGACCAUGUUGCCUCAUUGCUCAGGGACCCCGUACAGCUCUAA